GAAGGUUAAAGCCACAAAUAGAGACCGAAAUUGUUGGAUUCGUACCCGAAACACUUCCCGUUCUUUAUUAGCCUUUUAUUAUAUAAACCCCCGAAACUCGUCCCCUUCUCUCGCUCUCCAUUGCCACCAAUUAAGCUCCAACCUAAACAAAGCUCUCAUUCAUCACCCCUCCGUCUCCCUCUCUCACCACCACCACCACCACCACCACCACCAUUGAUAAUGGCGUCCUCUUCUCUUGCUAACAUGGGCUUGGCCCUUCUAUUCUCCCUCUCCCUCGUCCUUCCAUCGGCUCUUGGGGCGGGAGUGGUGUGUGAGGAGCUGCCGCAGGACCUGUGCGCGUUCUCGAUAUCGUGGGAGUCGAAGCGGUGCCUGCUGGAGAGCGCGCCGAGGAGCGGGGGUGCGGGGACGGAGUAUCAGUGCCGGACGUCGGAGGUGACGGUGGGGCGGAUGUCGGACUGGAUCGAGACGGACGAGUGCGUGCGGGCGUGCGGCGUCGACCGCAGCACCGUCGGCAUCUCCUCCGACUCCCUCCUCGACCCGCGCUUCACCUCCAACCUCUGCUCCCCCUCCUGCUACCACAACUGCCCCAACAUCGUCGACCUCUACUUCAACCUCGCCGCCGGAGAAGGUGUGUUCCUACCUGAUCUGUGCGAGACUCAACGCUCGAACCCUCGCCGCGCGAUGGCGGAGCUCUUGAGUUCGGGUGCGGCGCCUGGACCAGUUUCUGGGGGUGGGUUCGUCAGCAAGAAGGGCGAAGGCCCGGCGCCUGGACCAGUUUCCGGUGGUGGGUUCGUCAGCAAGAAGGAUGCAGCUGCGCCUUCGCCUUCUCCAUCUUUCAUAUAAAAAAUAAUAAAAAUAAUUUGUUGGCCACUGCGGUGGGAUUCUUUCUAUCACUACUAUAUAUAUACAAAUACAUGAACGUUUGUCCAGCUGCUUGUAUAAUAUUUGUUUCAGGAAUAAUUAGAUGAUGUUCAGAGGGGUGGGUAAUAUAUUUUGUGCGGAUAUUUGUAUCGAGUUUUGUUUGGGGCCAAACAUAGUAACCAUUUGAUUUUCUUCAAUAUACAGAGAUCAUAAAAUUAUAUACGUAUGCUGUAUGCAUGCGUUGCAUUUAUGUA